UAACGUCAAAACCUAAAUAUUUGUACUUGAAUCCAACAAAUAACAUCAACAUUUAACUUUUUAACACAUAAAAUAAAUAAUAAAUUACUUUUUAUCAAAUAAAUUCACUAAUAUAAGAUCAUUUUACUUAGAGAUUCGUAUAUCGAUCAUGCCGAUCAUACCGGUGAUGUUAUACCGGUUUUAUGACCGGUAUAGGUUGAACCAGGUUCAACCGGUGGCACGCCGGCCGGCGUGACAACCAUGCCCACAAGCAAAGUUAUACCAAAAGCUUACUUUUUCAAAUACACAAAGUAAACGACUUUUGUCCACAUGUGUGAAGCCCGGUAAUUCCAAAGAAUAAGCAGCCCAUGGACUAGCAACAAGUCCUUGGGCCAGGCCCAAUGAGGACAGGCAACGUUUUAAUAUCUUAAAUCUUCCAGUCUCUUGCUAGUUACCAUAGUCGCUUCGCUCAGGCUCGGAUCUCAUCUGCGUUCCAGUUUUACACUCUCCUUCUACUUUAUCUCAGUUAGGGUUUAACGACGAUCGCUUCGCUUCUCCAAGAUCUUUCCUCACGCUGCUACUCCAAUGGCGGCGCCAGCAGUCUCCCAACCGAGAUCCUCGAAGACGGAGUCGUAUGUCGACAACAAGAGGAAGGAAGACGUCCGCCAGGCUAAUAUCACGGCGGCCAGAGCAGUUGCCGAUGCGGUGAGGACCAGCUUGGGCCCGAAAGGGAUGGACAAAAUGAUUUCCACGGCCAGCGGCGAGGUGAUUAUCACCAACGAUGGAGCUACGAUUCUGAACCAGAUGGGGGUUCUCCAGCCAGCUGCGAAGAUGCUGGUCGAGCUCUCUAAGUCGCAGGACACCACCGCCGGUGAUGGUACCACCACCGUCGUCGUCAUUGCCGGUGCGCUUUUGAAGCAGUGUCUGUUGCUACUGUCUAGUGGAAUCCAUCCCACGGUAAUCUCCGACUCUCUCCAUAAAGCCUCUGUUAAAGCUGUCGAUGUGCUAACUGCUAUGGCAGUACCUGUUGAGUUGUCCGAUCGUGAAUCGCUUGUCAAAUCUGCGAGCACUUCGUUGAACAGUAAAGUGGUCAGUCAGUACUCCACUCUUCUUGCUCCUUUAGCUGUUGAUGCGGUGUUGUCAGUGGUUGAUCCGGCCAAGCCUGAUUUGGUAGACCUUAGGGACAUUAAAAUAGUGAAGAAGCUUGGGGGAACUGUGGAUGAUACCGAGAUGGUUAAAGGUUUGGUAUUUGAUAAGAAGGUGAGCCAUGCUUCUGGUGGACUCACACGGAUGGAGAAUGCCAAGAUUGCUGUGAUUCAGUUCCAAAUAUCACCUCCUAAAACUGAUAUAGAACAAAGCAUUGUGGUGUCUGAUUACACACAGAUGGAUAGGAUUCUGAAGGAAGAGAGGAAUUAUAUUUUGGGGAUGAUUAAGAAGAUCAAGGCAACUGGUUGUAAUGUGUUGUUGAUUCAGAAGAGUAUUCUUAGAGAUGCAGUCACAGACUUGUCACUGCAUUACUUGGCUAAAGCCAAGAUCUUGGUUGUGAAGGAUGUGGAAAGAGAUGACAUUGAGUUCAUUACCAAGACCUUAAACUGCUUGCCAAUUGCUAAUAUCGAGCAUUUCAAAGAAGAGAAGAUGGGUUAUGCUGAUCUUGUGGAGGAGGUUUCAGUAGGGGAAGGCAAGAUUGUGAAGAUCACUGGGAUUAGAGAUAUGGGAAGGACUGCCACUGUUCUUGUUCGUGGGUCUAACCAGUUGGUUCUCGAUGAAGCUGACCGGAGUUUGCACGACGCACUGUGUGUCAUUAGAUGCUUGGUCAACAAGCAAUUCUUGAUUGCAGGAGGUGGGGCUCCUGAGAUUGAGCUGUCCAGGCAGCUCGGUGCAUGGGCCAAAGUUCUGCAUGGUAUGGAAGGUUACUGUGUGAGGUCAUUUGCAGAGGCACUUGAGGUCAUCCCUUAUACUCUGGCAGAGAAUGCAGGGCUGAACCCUAUUACCAUUGUGACCGAGCUGAGAAAUAGGCAUGCCCAAGGAGAGAUCAAUGCUGGGAUCAACGUGAGGAAAGGGCAAAUUACAAACAUCUUGGAGGAGAACGUUGUGCAGCCAUUGCUGGUGAGCACUAGUGCCAUAACGCUGGCAACAGAGUGCGUGAGAAUGAUUUUGAAGAUUGAUGACAUUGUAACAGUCAGGUAGAGGUAGUUUGUUAAACAAGCAGGGAGUGGGUUUGAAUGUGUGUCUGUUUCCUUUAUCUAUGCUUUCUGUCUUUCUCCUUACGAACGAUUGUUGAUGGUUGAGGAUGUUGAUCUAUGUACUUUGUGUGGAGGGGACAAAUUUUGGCUUGGGUUUCAGACGUCCUAUGCUUUAUUCUGGAGGAACUUUUUAAUGUAGUUUUGCUGAUAUGCCCUUUCCCUUGUCAUGUGUCUCUUGUUAAUCUUUGUACUAUUUGCACGCCUCCUGUAAUAGUAGGACGUCAUUUCAUUCUGAGUUUCAGUAGUUUCCUUUUUGUUUUUGUUGUGGCUUGUUUGCUUCAUGGAUUUGGAAAAUGAAAGUUUUGGUUAAAA